GCUUUGCGGGGUUGCGCCUGCGACGCCAGCAACGCAAAGCUCCACCCGGAAGUGAAUUCCUGGAUGUCGAGCUCAAACCGCUACCAUGAACCCUUUAACUAAGGUGAAGCUUAUCAAUGAGCUGAAUGAGCGAGAGGUCCAACUUGGAGUGGCUGAUAAAGUGUCCUGGCACUCAGAGUACAAGGACAGCGCUUGGAUCUUUCUGGGAGGGCUUCCUUAUGAACUGACUGAAGGAGACAUCAUCUGUGUGUUCUCACAGUAUGGGGAGGUUGUUAAUAUUAAUCUUGUUCGAGAUAAGAAGACUGGAAAAUCAAAAGGAUUUUGUUUCUUGUGUUAUGAAGACCAGAGGAGUACAAUUCUGGCCGUUGACAAUUUUAAUGGGAUCAAGAUCAAGGGAAGAACUAUCCGUGUGGACCAUGUAGCAAACUAUCGGGUUCCUAAAAGCUCAGAUGACCUGGAUGAUGUCACCAAACAGCUCCAGGAGAAGGGCUGUGGGGCUACUACCCCCUCCUCGAGUUCGUCUGAUGACUCUGAAGAUGACAACUCCAUAAAAAAUACUCAGAAAGACAUAAAAGAAAAACAGAAAAGUAAGAAAGACAAAGAGAAGACUGUACGGGAGGUUCAAGCAGAGCAAAUAUCUUCAUCUCCCAGAAGCAAAACAAUAAAGGUAAAGGAUUCACAUGGAGCUAAGAAGUACAGCAGCAAGAGCUCAGAGAGAGGUGAGAAGGCUGAGUCCAGAGAAGGCCGGAAGCAUCAUUCAGACACUCCUGAGGUCCGGACUUCCUACCGUGGUGGAACAGAGGAUCCAGAGAGGGAGCCAAAGAAGGAGAAGUCCAAGCAUGAGCACAAGUCCUCAAGCAGGAGAGAGGGAAGAGACGACAAGAACAGGGAUAGGGAUAGAGGGCGAAGCUCAGAUGCACAUUUUAGCCGGCGCAGUGGACAUUCUGAAGGACGGAGUCACAGAAGUAGAAGUAGGAGCCGAGAUAAGCACCAUAGGUAUAAGGACCAGCAUUCCCGAGAAUGGGAGCUCUCCAAUCCAAGUGACCGCAGGCAUUACUGAAGCCUGUUUCAGCUGCCCAGUUGAUUUGAAAAAUUGUGUUUUAAAAAAAGUGGUCAGAUUCUAUUCUCCUAGUAAAAAUUAUUCAUAUAGAUAUAUGUAAAAUGUGUGGGAAUGAAUUUUUUAUCAUUGCAUAGUAGCAUUAUUGAGAAGACUAGGAUUUUAAUAACCAGAUAUUGCUAGACUUUUUAGCAUAGUCUAUUGUCCCUGGGAAUAUGCCUGGUAUUUAGCAUUGUAUGUGUCCAAAUUUUUGGUUUAUAAACAUGGCCCUUAAACCCAUAGAUCUCAAUUUAGGAUGAAGUUGCCAGGAAAUAGAAAAUAGUUGAUAAUUCUGGAAUACUAAUCUAGAUGUCAAGAACCUAGUAUUGUAGGAACUUUCUAACUGAUAGGCAGAUCUACAGGUUAGGUACAUGUGAGUCAGUGGAUUCAGACAACUUCAUAGGGCUGUGACAGGAUAAUUAAAAUUGGGUAGUUUCCUCCCCAAACCCCUUGAAAACAAUUUUAAAAGGUCUUCUCAUUUUUUAUUUUCAUUUUGCUUUGAGUUUUGAGGGGAUUACAUGUACCUCUGCAUUUUUCAUUGCUGCUUACUUAUUCACUUAUUUGUAUUGAGAAUUUCAUUUAACACCAAAUUAUCCACUUGAGCAGUUCAGUGGUAUUUGUUAUACUCAGUUUUGGACAACCAUCGACUGUUCCAGAAUAUAUCUUCCCAAGAUGAAACUAUAUCCAUUAAACUAAUUUCUCCUCCUUGU